GGCACUCCGUUUUCACGGAACGGAGCUCAGAACGGCCCUUUUCUCUUUUUAAGUAUCAGGGGAGCGAGAACGCAGAACACCCACUGCCCACUCACAAGAACGAAGAGCAAUUCUAGAGAGAGAUUCUAGAGAGAGAGAGAGCGAUUCCGUAUUGGGAUAACCGGGCCUACAACCGGAAAUCGGGACGAUUCACUGUUUGGAUUGGAUAAUUUUCGCUGUUUGAUUUCCCGUCCGAAUUCGUCGCUCCGUCUUCGUAUCUCACAGGGGAGGAUUAUUUGAGAUUUCGCCGGAGUUUUUUUUUGCGGUUAAAUAAGGCCCCGAAUGCGGAACACAUCGUCGCCGGUGCGGAUCUAAAAGGAGGGGUUGAAGAAAUAACGCAUCUGAAUCGUCGAAUUCUGUUGAAUUUCGGGGAUUUGUCGAAUACCAGACGGUCGAAGAGGGCGAUGGAGUUGCCUCAGCCGCGAGCUUUCGGAACCGAUGGAAGAUCGGCUACCACGCAUGACUUCCUUUCUCUAUAUUCGCCUACGGAGCAGGAUCCAAGACCCGGCCAAGGAAAUUUCCUUAGAACUCAUGACUUCUUGCAACCAUUGGAAGAGAAAGUUGUUGGGAAGGAAGAAAGAAAAGUUAAGGUUGUAGAAAAGCCUUCAUUGCUGCCUCAUCUUCCACCCAUGCAGCAGCAUAUUAACCUUCAUGGUGGGAUUGGAGCUUUUAGCAUUUCUCAUUUGCAAGGGGUUCCAAAGCCAGAAGGCAGCAUAUUCUCUAUGGCACACCCAAGUACUACUGAUGUAAACGACGAGAACUCAAACUCCAGUUCUUAUACUGGGAGUGGAUUCACCUUGUGGGAUGAAUCUGUUGUGAGCAAGGGAAAGACGGAGAAGGAGAAUACUUUGGUAGAGAGACGCGUUCUCGGAGGCGUGAACGGUGUAGCACAGCAGCGCACGGUGAUGGAAUGGCCAUCAGUAUCAUCAUCCAACCAUAGGAAUAGCACGGCAACAAUUAGUUCCUUGUCUUCCCCACCACAAUUGACUGCUCAAAACAACAGAAGUUUCUUAAAUAUGUUAGCCUCGGCUAGAAGUGCUCAAGACGAGGAUGAUGUAGAAGAAGAUGAAGGGUUUGCAAUCAAGAAAGAGCCGUCACCUCUCCCACAAGGAGACCUAUCAGGUAAAACUCUUGGAAAAUUCAAUAAUCAGAAGCCCAAUACUCCACGCUCUAAACACUCAGCAACAGAACAGCGUAGAAGGAGCAAGAUAAAUGACAGAUUUCAGAUGUUGAGGGGCAUCAUCCCACACAGUGACCAAAAGAGAGACAAGGCAUCAUUCUUAUUGGAGGUCAUUGAGUACAUUCAGUUUCUACAAGACAAGGUACAGAAGUAUGAAGGAUCAUACCAAGGCUGGGAACACGAAGCCACAAAGUUUCCAUGGAACAAGUGUCAAACAGGGGCGCAAGGUUUCAUUAACCAUCCGCAUAUAACGAACAAUGUGUCUGAUCCAGCCCUAAUGUUUGCUUCAAGAUAUGCGGAGACUAAACCUGUACUACCUCUCAUAAAUGGACAGAAAGCCGAACCAGAAGCAAGGACGUGUUUGGUAAAAGAUGUAACUACCAAUCAUCACCAAUCCGUGCCUCUACCAUUCAAUCCAAACAUGUCUCAUCAUUGCGGGACGAGUAGCAUAGCGGCAUCCCAAACAUUUCCCAAACUGGCAUCGGAUAAAGAUAAACCGACUUUCCAGCAUCAAUCUCCUUCUCUACCUAACCACGCCAUUUUGGGCGACGAACCAAAAGAUCAAAACCCAAGUAUAGAGAGCGGCACAAUCAGCAUUUCAAGCAUCUAUUCACAAGGGUUGUUGAGUAGUCUCACGCAUGCCCUUCAUAGUGCUGGUGUGGACCUUUCCCAAGCCUGCAUCUCAGUGCACGUUGAUCUUGGGAAAAGAUCAAACGGUCGAUUAAACUCUCCUCCUUCCGCGAUCAAGGGAGACGAUGUUUCCACAAACAAUGAACCGAUACUACGCUCCACAGUUACAAAUGCGGGGGAGGAAACCGGGCAAGCCAGGAAAAGGAUAAAACCCAGCAGAAACUAAUAAUAAACCCACAACAAAUCUAUAAGCUAAGCAUUCAUUCAUUCUGUAAUUGGUUUAUUCAUAAUUUUUUUUGUUUAGUUUCACGAUUUUUUUGGGGGGGUUUUCCCUAGCUAUUUAUUUCCCCUUCAUUGGGAUUUACUCAGAAACACUGGCAUUCCGUACAUAGCAAAUCAGGAAUAUGCUCAAACAAUGUCAGGAUUCACGAACCCAUUGUACAUGUAAUGAGUAUAUAUGUAAUGUGCUAUCCAUUGAUACAUUUUAAGUCUAUAUAUAAUCAUCUAUUAUGCUAACCAUUGGCCUUUAAGGGUGUUAA